CCAAACAAUCCGCUGGCUGGGUAGGAGGUCCUGCUUAGCUCUCCUGCUGGCCUCGUGUACUGCUAUUUUUCCUCUUUGAAUUUUAUUUCCGAAACUCGCAGAAAUAAAAUCGUUUUGAGGAAUAUGUGUCUUUAAUCGAGAGAAAAGGAGGAUAUUAUCGUGUUCAUGAAUUGCCUAUCAUGAGGCUGAUGGUGGUGAGGACAGAGCCGAGACGCAGACGAAGGACUGAGGGCGCGCACGAUGUCCCCUGAGACGCGCCCACAGGAACAGCUGAUCCUCCGGGAAACGAACAGACGCCCAGUGUCCUCCUCGAAGUCUCUCCUCCUCCAGUAAUGGCGUCGGUCGCGCUCGAGCCUGCCGGGGAGAGGGUCAUGUCGCCCCUGCCCCCCGCCACCAUCGACGACGACCCCCCCGCCCCUUCGUGCCUCGCCCCCCUCCCCGACGACGAGGACGACGCGGCGGCGGCGGCGGCGGCGAGGGGCGGGCCAAGGGCGGCGCGAGCUCGACGCGCCGGACACGUGCGCGCUCACCUCCACCAUCAGGGAGGUGGAGAAGCGGGCGCGGGCGGGGCUCGGCCACCUCUCCGACUUCGACAGCGACGUGGACCUCCUGAGCGUGAUGAAGAAGAAGAAGGAGCCGCCGCCGCCGCCCGAGGACGAGAUGUUCGACGGCGAGGAGUGCGAGAGCACCGAGGACGAGGAGUUCACCGUGCACUUCGCCCACACCGGCAGGAAGACGUCGCCAGAGAUGACGCCCCAGCCAGAACUUCUAACGCAAAUUUCGGAGCUGCAGGAGGCGGUGGUGAGCAUGAAGGCGACGCUGACGGAGGCCGUGGCGCGUCUCGGCUCGGUGGUGGAGGACCCGUCGAUGGCCCGGGAGGUGCAGGAGACGCGGCAGCGGUGCGACGACAACACGGCUGAAGUCCUGAAGUUGGUGCUGUCGCUGAAGUCAGACAUCACGACCUUGCAGAAGGAGGUGGUGUCCAUCAGCGACCGCCAGGAGACGCUGCAGACGUCGGUGUCACAGCUGCUGGAGGAGCGCCGGCUGCUGGUGUCAGACCUCUCGCAGGCGGGGGUCAUCUCCCUUCACACCAGAUCCCGCCUGGAGUCCCGCGGCGCGAUAGCGGGCGAGGGCGGCGUCGGCGGCGGCGGCGCGGCCCGCUCCGGCUCCGGCACCCACAGCAACGACUCCGGCGUGGCACUGCUGCUGGAGCGCGCCCACCAGGCCUUCACGGCGGACCACACGCCCUCGCCCACGCCCACCAACCAGAGGGCGUCGGAUCAGGAUUCUCUCCCGGACCAACCGUCUCUGCUGGUCCCGCCUUCGGUCUAUGAUUAUGUCGCGGGACUUCGGUCUCACGGUCUCCACGCGAUCUCCGUGGCCGGCGGCGGAGACAGCGAGGACCUCGGUCUUGUCUACGACUCGGACUCCUCGCUGACCAUCGCCGCCAACAAGACCAUCAGCCUCAGCGCCUCCCUCAGUCAGCAGUGCGGCCUGGAGCUCCGGACGGCCCACGCCGGCCCCCCGACGCACCACCACCACGGCCACUCGGGGAGCACCGACCACGAGCACCACCACCACCACCGCCUCCGUCAGGCGAGUCAUGACAGAAGCCACCUGCGCUCGGAUUCCGACGGCUCGGACCAGUCGCGCGACGCCAAGCACAGGCACCGGCGGCGCUCCUCGCAUGACCGCGAGAGCAGCGACCCCUACGGCGUGGUAGGAACCCGCGGCCGCUCGUCCUUCGCAGACAGCCGGGAUCCUCGUGAAAGCCAGCGGUACAGAGUGGCUCGGGAACUGCUCGACACGGAGAAGAAAUACUGCAAGACACUGUGGACGAUCCAAGACACGUUUGCCGAGCCCCUGAAGAAGGCGGGGAUUUUGUCUCACAAGGAUAUCACCACUCUGUUCCCGGAAGAGGUGUACCAGCUGUACGACAAACACUGCCUCCUGCAACACCAGCUGCGGGAGCGUCUGGCCUCUUGGAAGUGGCAGCCGCUGGUGGGGGACGUCGUGGCCCGCUUCACCGACCCGCGGCACACCGACGUCCUGCGACUCUACACCGCCUACGUCAACGACUUCCCGGAGGUCCUCAAGACGUUCCACAAGCUGUGUCGCACGUCGCAGCCCUUCACCAAGUUCAUUAAGUCCUGUCUAGAGCAGCCAGCAUGCGGCGGGCUGGACCUGGGCGCCUUCCUGCUGACGCCCGUGCAGCGUGUCCCUCGGUACAUCCUCCUGAUGAAGCAGCUCCUGAAGUACACGGAGCCGCAGCACCCGGACUACCAGCACCUGCACGCCUGCCUGGAGCGCCUGAGGGACUUCCUGGCGCGUCUGAACGACUCCAUGGAGCACUCCUUCCAGCUGGUGCACGCCCAGCUCUCCCCCCACGGCACCGUCCCCGGGCCCUCGCACCACCACCCCCCUCCCCCGCAGCCUCCCACGUCGCAUCACAGGCCGGGCCGCUCGCCUCGACGCUCCAGCUCGUCCAUAGGCAGCCCGCCCGUGAGCCCCGGGUCGCCCGCCUACAGCCCGGACCGGGUGAGUUUGGGCUGCAGUCCCCACAGGUCGCCGGAGGACCGACGCCGCUUUCCCGGGAGCUCGACGAGCCUCGCCACUCCACAGCGGUCGCACAGCAUCGCCACGCAGCCCUCCUGCCGUCCGCGCUCGGUGUUCCUCGACAACAGGUCUUCGUCGCUGCCUCGAGGCUCCGCCAGCUCCAGCAGCGGGUCGAGGGGCAGCGCCGCCUCGCCCAGCUCGGACGCGCCCCGGACGAGGUCGCGCAGCGAGAGCGUAGCUUCUCGGCGCCCGCUGCCACCCACACAUACCCACACGCCCCUGCAGUCUCUAGUCACCCAGGAAGGGCCUCGCACGCUGGCGCCCGCGCACUCCGUGGUGGACGUGACGGCGGCGCACAGCCCCUCCCGCGACGCCCGCUGGGAGGAGCUGGCCGCCAGCGAGCCCUCCCUUUUAGACUCUCGGCCCUCGCAGGAGACGUCCAGGACCCCCGCUAACUCGUCGCUGUCCGCUGCACACAGCGUGGCCAGUGUGGACGGGCAGCAGAAGGUCAGCACGCCUGUGUGGACAGAGUCGUCCCACUCGGAUGACCCGCGGGGCAAGAAAAAGUCAUCCAUCCGCACGUCUCUCAAGAACAUGUUCACCUUCAAGAAGAGCCGGGUGCCUCGAGCCUUUCACCACCACCACCACCACCACCACAGCUACCACCACCACCACCUGCAGCCACUCAGGGGGGCCUCCCGUGGGCGUGAUGAGGGGGGAGAGUACUGGGAAGCUCCGCCCAUAGACUCGUCCCCGAGUGCCACUCAGUCGCCCACGCUCACGGUCGUCUCCGUCGCCCAGCCCACGACCCUCACCGUCGUGCCUGCGUCCGCCCAGCCGCCCACGCUGUCCAUGGUGGGCGACUUCGUGGAUGAGGACGGCAACCCAUGCUCCAACGUCUGAUUCUUCAGUGUGGGGCUGUGCGUCAGGAUCUGUUUAUACCUGUGUUAUAUUACAUACAUUGUGUGUGAGUGUGUGUGUAUGUAUAUAUAUAUAUA